AUGUGGUUUCCAGUAUCCCUUAAUCUUAAAAAACCGGUUAGUUUUUCUAUUUUCUAGUCUAUCAUACAACAAUCAGAGAGUCCAUCUAUUCACAUUACUGCAGAGGACAGUUUUUUUUGUGUUUUAAAUGUUUAAUCUUCAUUGUCAUUGGUGAAAAUAGAUGUCAUAGUAUGCGAAACUCGUCUUAUCGGUUAAUUCCAUCGUGCAGAUUCAAAAUUCACACAGCAAGAGCUUCCAGCCUGCAAACCUAUUCUCUCACCUGGAUGGGUAGGUUGCUGUUGCAUGAAGUUGGAUGAGAAAUAAACAGCUUCUGGAGCUUCUGAGGGAACCGUAUUAGAUUGUCUACGAUCCUUGGCUUAUGAUACUGAACGUGGAGUUUAUACAUUUACAGGUUAUCACAACAUUCGCAUUCAUUGGCCUGAUAUUCAUUCCAGUGGGACUUGCGUCCUUAUUCGCUUCCCAGAGAGUAUUAUCAUCCCUCUGCUUCGCUUCUCAUUUUUCAUAUUCCAGCUGCUCGUAAAAUGUGCUGAUUGUCUACGACGUAUGUAGGUUGUGGAAAUUGUGGACCGAUAUGAUGUAGCCUGCGUUCCUGAGCACCUGCAGGAUGAUAAGCUUGCCUAUAUUCAGAACAGUACAGUGGACAAAACUUGCACUAGGAAAUUAAAGGUUGGUCCGUCUGAAUUGCUUAUUUUGCUUCAAAUUAGCCUCUUCUUGAUGGAUCAAGCCCACGAAAUAGUAAUUAUUCCCUGCAAGUUGACACUAUGGUUUGGGGAUAUUUUAGGUCCCAAGACUUAUGAGGAGUCCCAUCUUCAUCUAUUACGAACUCGAAAACUUCUACCAGAACCAUCGUCGGUAGGCCAAUUCAACACGAACUGGAUAUUCUCGUCCUUGUUAUCUCUAGCGGGACUCAUAAUUCGGUAAAUGAGAGCAUAGUUUUUCAAAAAAAAAUGGAUCUUUGUGAAUUUUAUUUUAGACUGUUUUUAACACAGUUAGGUUCCCUUCCAUGUUAGACAUUUCUCAUUUUUUUUCCAUUGGCCUCGUUUGGCAUAUCUUUAUUGCUGCACUAUUUCGAUUCACUUAUCACAAGUAACAGGUGGUGACUCUAGGGAGUCCCUGUUUUUAUUUAUAUCCAGACAAGUCCUGAUAAUUCCCGAGUGUGGCAACUUUGUCGACCACUAACUUCCCGCCCACUUCGGCAUUCUUUUAGCAAAAAAAAAUUCCAUAAAAGUUAUUUCUGAGCACAUAGUCACCUCAGAGCAACUUCCUCAGAUCAAUUUUUCUUCCAUUGCUUUCCACAGAUGAACAUUAAUUACGUUUUGUGUUCUUCAUCAUGAUUUAAUAAUUUGAUUCAUGUCUCCCCAAGUUCAGGUCCCUGUCUCCCAUACUGUCCAGGUUUAGAGGGGUCGUGACUUGGUGCCCCAAUGCCUGACUUCAGAGUUGACUGCUGUGGUGUCAAUUUCAGGUAUGUCAAGAGCCGAAGUGAUAAACAGCUGAGAAGCAGGGAAGGGGAGAGCGACACAGAGUCUUGCAGUCCCGAAGCCAAGACUUCCAAUGGGUCGGUGAUUGUCCCCUGUGGUCUCAUCGCCUGGAGCAUGUUCAACGACACGUACGGAUUUUCCAUAAAUAGCAAGGUUCUAGAUGUGAACAAGAAGGACAUAGCUUGGAACUCCGACAAGUACCAUAAGUUUGGCAGCGAUGUCUACCCGAAGAACUUCCAGAGUGGACCCUUCAUUGGGGGCGGCAAGCUCAACUCCAGCAUUCCUGUGAGUGCUCAUCCGAUCUUUUCAUCUUGUUCUCCAUUGCCGGCUUUGUUGUUGAGCCCUUGACGGACUCCUUGCCUGGAAAUGGAAAUGUUGCAGUUGAGUGAGCAAGAGGAUCUGAUAGUCUGGAUGAGAACAGCGGCUCUUCCCACUUUCAGAAAGCUCUACGGGAAGAUAGAGGUGGAUCUCGAGCCCAAUGAGGAAAUAAUGGUGACAAUACACAACAACUAUAAUACGUACAGUUUUGGAGGGAAGAAGAGGCUGGUUCUCUCUACCACGUCGUGGAUAGGUGGAAAGAACGACUUUCUCGGCAUGGCUUAUCUCACAUUCGGCGGCCUGUCUCUCCUCAUCGCUGCAACCUUCAUCCUCAUUCACCUUAUUAGACCAAGGUUAGUUCUCUGUCAUCUCGCCGGAAUUCCCCUUUUCAUUGGGGCCUUUGGAUCUGACCCUUUUCAUCCAAUUCAAACAUUUCAAAUCGGACCCAUCACAUUUUCGAGCCCGAGGUUUUAACGUGAUGAAAGAAGAAAACUGUUGAUCCAUCGAGUGCGAUUGGGAGUCAUUAAAUCGGGUCUUGUUCAUCGUAAUGUAAUAUUUUCUUGUGCUAAUUUUAAUCAGGGCGCAUUUUUCUGCAGGUCCCUCGGAGAUCCGUCGUACCUGUCGUGGAACAAAAAUCCGGCCGGCUACUCAAACUAA